AUGACGGACAGUAGCAGAGUGUCGAUUGCAACUAGCACAAUCGUUUGCGUCGAAGCUGAGAUCAAAGGAGAAGUCAUAAUCAAAGAAGGAUGUGUCGUUCAUCCACAUGUCGUUUUCGAUGCUACUAACGGUCCAAUUUAUGUCGGCGAAAAUAACAUUUUUGAAGAAUUCGCAGUCAUUCGAAACAAUAGUGAAGGUCAACCAAUGAUCAUCGGGGAUUCGAACAUCUUCCAAGUUCACUCAAAAUGCAGUGCGAAGUACGUAGGAAGUCGGAAUGUUAUUGGCGUUCAUGCUCACCUCGAAGAUGGAUGCUCAGUAUCAGAUGACUGCAGUAUUGGCCCAAAAUGCCGCGUUUUCUCGAAACAGAAUCUAGAACCUUCUGUGGCUGUAUAUGGACCAUCUAAUUCACACCGAAUAACAUCUACCCCAAAUUUGACACCAACCUUGCAACUAGAAUUUCUCCGAAAAAUUCUGCCAUCUUACCAUCAUCUCUAUAACAAAAAGAAAGUCACGGCAGCCCAAUAG